UAUAAAAACAUUAACAGUGUAUUAAACAUUUAUUUUCAACAAAUAUCAUUUAGAUAUUCUGUUUUUAUUAAUUAAAGUGGCUCCAUCUAUGAACUGCAAUGCCGAAGUGCCGUGCGUGUGGAAAAUAUACGGCGAAUGCCGACUGUGUCCGUUGUUCUAAAUGUUCAAAUGUAUACCACCGCGGCUGCUGCUCCGUACCUGCUGGACCUAUCCCUGUAGGGUUUGCGUGUCAGAGCUGUAAGGCUAAGCCUGCUGACUACGUUUCCUCUGAAAACUCGAGCCCCGGUGAGGAAAUAAAUGCCCCAGGAAAGGUCGAGGCGGAUUGCACCCGCAUGCUUUGCCAGCUGAUUCAGGAGGUCAAGGGGUUGCGCACGGACCUCAAAGAAGCAAGAAUAGAGAUACAGCAAUUUAAGGCAGAUCUGCAAGCCUGUUGCAAUCGGAUUGCUUCUGUUGAACAAAAAGUUCUCGAAGUUGAGCAAAAACUCGUUACAAAAUCUUGUGACAACGCCCACCUCGAGAAUACCAUAGCUGACCUGAAAAUACAACUGAACGAACGGGAUCAAGAGCUGCUGCUGAAUGACGUUGAAAUAGCAGGCCUACCAGAGCAGAGAAGUGAAAACGUCCUCCAUCUCGCCAGCCUCGUAGCCGUAAAGUUGGGGCUGACGCUUGAGGAGCGUGACGUUGUCCACGCCGAGCGACGGGGAGCCGUACGGCGCAACCGUGAAGACGGUGAGGGUGCGCCGCAGCGACCGCGGCCGCUGGUUGUGCGGCUGGCGCGUCGCGCUCAGCGUGACGCCUUGCUGCGCGCCGCGCGCGUCCGUCGCGGCUUAUCUACGGCCGACAUGGACCUGGCCGGAGAGCCCAGGAAAAUAUAUGUCAACGAGCGCCUCACUCAAUCCAAUCGACAGCUGUUCGGUAAGGCACGGGAAGCCGCGUCCCGCGUACAUUGGAAGUACGUGUGGACAAGAGGCGGGCAGAUAUUUACAAGGAAGGAUGAUGGUAAGUCCGUAGAACGGAUUCGUAAUGAAGGAGACAUAAAUAAUUUUUUUGUUUAAUAGUUAGUUCGGCCGGACGCAGCGA